AUGAUUAAAUUACUAAAGAUUAAAAUAAUGAAACCAAGAAACAUAAAUCCAACUUUAUUGCUUGUAUUUUUUACUCUAAUCAUGAGGAUUUUAACGAAUACCUAAAGCAGAAUCUUUAUGAAUCGAUAACCACCUCGAUAUUAUUUUAAAAUAAACAGUAUUUAGAAGCUUUUGAAAAUUGUCUAAAUAUGCUUCAAAGUAGCUUUCAAAAUUGUGAAUUAAAUAAUUUUAUGGGUUUAUGCAAGUAAAAAAUGUAAAGAAGUUUGCUCUAUAAUAUUUAAUAGUAAUUAGUGUCUGUAAAUGCUGCUCUUAGGCUUGAAAAUGAUAUUUAUUUGUCAAAAUCCCUUAAAAAUUUUGAUAAAAUAGAAAACAUUCUUUACAUAUAAAGACCAGGAUUAUAAUCAGUAAUAUAGUUAAAUCAAUCUACAGAUUUUAUAAAUCACAGCGAUAUGA